UUUAUGGAAAAUGCCAAUGACAGAAUCACAGCACAGAACAAGAAGAGAGAGAAACAAAGAGGAGAGAGAGAGGCAGAGCAGCGACGGAGAAUUGGGAACGAUGCUAACAACGAACUAGAGAGUUCACCGUCUCCGGCUGAGCAGCGACGGCUCUGACGGCUGUAAAACUGUUUCAAUUGUUUCUCGUCCUCUGAAGUUUUCAUAUUUUUAAUUAUGGCGGAUCUGUACGGAACAGCGCCGGACUCGGAAGAAAUCUCGAACAUUCUAAGCCAGCUCAUCCACGGCCAUGGCUCCUCCGCUUCCUCCGCCUCUUCUUGCAUGCCCUUUAAACCCACUUACAUGCAUUCGUCAGUGCCGCCACCAAUCCAGGCGGCGACGCCGUCCGAGGUCUUGAUUCCGGAGGCCAGGCAUGAGGAUCAUCGUCGGUUUGCUCAAUUGGUGAACCGUUCUGGCACGGACCAGCGAGUAGCGGGGGGGAAUUCGAACUCUGCUGGUGUGUUGGAUUCGUCGACCGCUUUCGAUUUCUACGAUUCCGGUGGCUACUUCACGAAGGAGGUGAAAGAAGGUAUGGAGUCUGACGGGAGGAGGAUUUCGUCUGAGAAUGAUCUCGGCGGUUAUAGCUGUGACAGUGAGGAUCUCGAGGAGGCGGCGGAUGGGCAACUGAACUCAGCGCCGCCGCGGAGUUCAUCGAAGAGGAGCAGAGCUGCUGAGGUCCAUAAUAUGUCGGAAAAGAGAAGGAGGAGUAGGAUUAAUGAAAAGAUGAAAGCUUUGCAGAACCUGAUUCCGAAUUCUAACAAGACGGAUAAGGCGUCAAUGCUGGAUGAAGUGAUUGAAUAUUUGAAGCAGCUCCAGCUUCAAGUACAGAUGUUAACAAUGAGGAAUGGAUUGAGUUUGCAUCCGAUGUGUUUACCAGGAGUCAUGCAGCCUAUGCAGUUGCCUCAUAUAUUUGAAGAAGGAAGUAAUAAAUUUCCAAAAUCUGGCAAAGGAAUAAGCCCUUUUUACGGGACUCAUGAGAACUCGGUGCUGUCUGCUUUUAAUUUAUCCGCUGGAUGCAUGAUAUCAAAUCCGCCAAUGGUUUUACCCUCGGUUGCAAAUGUAGCAACUUCAGAAGCCACAUUUGGUUUUGAACCAUCGAUUCAAGCUCACUACAGACCCUUCAGUGUCCCCUCCUCCUCUAAGGAACUCUUUAGCGACGGUGAACCACAAUCAAAAUUACACACCAUUCGGACAGGGAAAAGCACUUCGUCGGACGUUGAUGUAUGAGAUUGCAGCCUGCUUUCAUACCGUUCUUUUUCUUCAACCAACCAAGAGACUAUCAUCGUCUUCGAAACUGCUGACUUCUUCACAUACCUUGAUUAAUAUUUUGCUAAGUGUAACAGGUUGACGCGAUUGUCGGAUUUCUACUGUUGAUGCUUCAUAGCUUGUAGUUAUAUAAAAAUACUUGUACCAGUCUUGGUAUUCUCGAUUUAUAAAGCCAUGGUUUUUUCGAGCUUUA